CCCCCCUCCCCCUCCCCCUCCCCCUCCUCUUCUUCAUCAUCACGCCCCACCCCUCCCUCUCCCUCUCCCUCUCCGGCCCGAACAAAAAGAGCUCCUUCUACACCUCCCCACCUCCUCCUCGGACUUCCUUCCUUCCUUCCAUCCAUCCUUCCAUACAUCCAAUGCCGCCGCCGAAUCUCCAAGCGCGCGACUACAUCGGCCUGGGCCCUGCCGCGCCAUCCUCCUCCUGCUGCUCCUCCUCGGGCGAGACGGGCCCGCACCUCGCGCUCCGCCUCGGCCUGCCGGGCUGCGGCUCAGCGGACGAGGCCGCCGUCGACGCCGCGCUCACGCUCGGGCCCGCUCCUGCCCCGACACGGGGCGGCGCCAAGCGUGGGUUCGCCGACUCGCUGCUCCACCGUACUGCCGGGGCGGGCGGGGAGGAGGACAAGACGAAGGGUGAAUCCCCCGCCGCCGGACCCGGAGCCGGAGCUCCUCCAGCCGCCAAGGCUCAAGUUGUCGGAUGGCCACCUGUUCGGAGCUACCGGAAGAACACGUUAGCCGCCAACGCCACAAAGACCAAGGCGGAGAGCCAAGGUAGAAGCGAGGCGGGAUGCUGCUAUGUCAAGGUCAGCAUGGAUGGAGCCCCAUACCUAAGGAAGGUCGAUCUUAAGACUUACUCCAGCUAUGACAACCUUUCCCUGGAGCUGGAGAAGAUGUUCAGCUGCUUCAUCACUGGCAAAAGCAGUUCCUGCAAAACAUCAACGAGAGACAGGCUUACUGAUGGUUCUAGGGCUGAUGCUCUUCAGGACCAAGAGUAUGUGCUUACCUAUGAAGACAAAGACGCUGACUGGAUGCUUGUGGGUGAUCUUCCUUGGGACUUGUUUACCACUACUUGUCGGAAACUGAGAAUCAUGAGAGGCUCUGAUGCUGCUGGAAUGGCCCCAAGAUAGCCGGAAUGGCCACGCCAGAACAAACAAGCGCCCUCAAGUCUCUGUCUGAAUCACGCAAGUGUGGAAUUUUGAGUUAGCCCUGCAAGGGGGACGAUGGUUGUCUGAACUCUGAAAGUGUCUGAGCUGCUAGUUUUUUCUAUCUACGUGUGUAGUGGAAUAUGUGCGUCCUACUGUAAAACCGUCCGUUUUUGCAGACGCUGUGGCCUCGCCGUUGUAGAUGGUACCUUUUGGUUCAUGAAAGAUCACCGCCUGUAUUAUGAUGCUAGCCUAUGCUCUUACAUAUAUAUUUGAAGUCGUAUUUUAUGAAAA